GGCUCGUAGAUUCGUGGCGGGGAGUAGAGGAUUUCUUUGCGCGGCCAUGACGACUCCGGUUCAGACGUGGGGCGGCCUCGGGAACUUGGUGCCGGAGCAGAAGGAGUUCGGGGCAGAGACCUCCGCCUACUUGGAGUCCUACGAGGUCUAUGACCUCUUCGCACACCUCUUGCAGCAGGUGUUGGUCGAGCGCCCAGAGAAUCCCAUCAAGUUCUUCCAGGAAUGCCUCAAGGAGCAAUCCAAGCCCUGCGUCUGCGUCAUGGGCCCUCCCGGGGUGAACCGCUCCAAGUACUGCCAGCAGCUUGCGGUAGACUUCAAGCUGAAGCACGUGCAUGUGGGCAAGCUGCUGAGGACACGAAAGGAGCUGAAGGCUGUGAUCGAAGCCGGGGAGCUGGUGGCCGAUGAUGUGGUCGUCGAGCUGGUGAAGGAAGAACUGCGCAAGGCGAAGCACACGGGAUGGGUCCUGGACGGCUUCCCCCGGACCAAGGUGCAGGCGCAGUCCCUCGCCGCCGCCAGCAAGGAGCUUGGCACCAGCCUGGACAGCGUCCUCAUGCUGCACAGCAGUGAGGACGUGGCCCGGAGGAACUUCGCCGCCAAGGUAGCAGAGACGCAGUCAGACAAGGACGACAUGAUCGAGAUGCGUUUGCAGCAGUACAAGCGCCAUUUGCUGACCAUCAGCGAGUUCUUCCAGAACUCUAUCCGGCGGAUCGAAGUCAGAGGAGGUGAUGACGAGACGGAGACUGUCUACAAGACCAUCUGCAGCAACCUGCAUUACAGAUUGUACUCAAAUGCCCCGCUGCGCAUGCACCGGGUGUGCAUUGUGGGGCCAUGCGCGUCUGGCAGGACCACCCAGUGUAGGCUCUUGGCGAAGAAGCUGGGCGUGGUGCAUGUGGACUUGGCAGACCUGCUCAAGGAGAAGCAGGCGGGGUCCAAGGACUUUGUGGAGGUGCCGCCCGAGUACGUCAGCGACGAGGAGGCCUGCGCGCUCAUCGGCGCGCGCUUGCAGCAGACGGAUUGCGUGCGCAAGGGCUGGGUGCUCGAUGGCUUUCCGAAGACUCGGGCGCAAGCGGAGUUCCUCAGGCAGGCACACUUGUGGCCGUCGCGGGUCAUCCAGCUUCAAGUGCUGGAUGCUGUGGCGGAGACCCGUGUCUCCUCUCGUCGUCUUGACCCAGUCACCGGCACCGCUUACUACACGAGCCCCAACAGCGUGGCCAUCCGCCAGCGCCUGGUCUCCUGCCCUCACGACGCCGCUGAGAAGGUCAAGGAGCGCCUUUCCUUCUUCGUGGACAACAUCGAGCAGGUCUCGGAGUCUUGGAAGCGGAUCUUUAGCUACAUUCCGGCAGACGGCCAGCCAGAGGAUGUGGCAGCAGGACUGCUGGAGAAGGUGACAAAUGCCCUGCAGUCCGAGAUCGCACAGGACCCCAACAGUGGCCUUUGAGAGGCGCCUGCCAUCCCCGACAUCGAUCCAAGUGAGCCGCAUUCGGGGCAAAGAAACACGUGUCACCCGGGAGCUAAAAGUUGCUUCCACCCGGUUGAGAGAUGUCUGAGAUGUGUUUUGCAGGUGAUGUGAAC